GUAAAGGAUAAGGUUAAUGUUAGUAACUUGAUUUCAAAAAGAGCUAAUUUAUGUAAAUUGUUUAGUGUAAUUAUGAUAUCUGUUGCAAAACAUUUCAGAGCUUCAAAUCUCCUUAUUAAAGAGUUUAUUAGAAGGACACCAAAAUUAUAAUACUUAUGAACAAUUAGUAUAUACUUAUUAGAAUAACUUAUUAUGGGCACUACAGUGUAUUAGGCAAAAUGGCAUCUAAGUCUAUAGGUCUGACUCCUAGUAAGUAUAUUAAAGGCUCUGUUCACUUUAAAAACUAAGGACUCAUGAAUCUUCUUCUAUCUGUUGUAUAUGUUAGUAUCGAAAUCCUGCCAAUCAGACAUUGUUUUCUCACUAGAGCACUAGCCCUGACCUGAUCUCCUCUGUUGCUUCCCUUUCUUUUAUAUAAAUCACUGAAUGGCUCAGAACAAAAUUCUUUACUUCUCCAGAGCCCUUAAUUAUCUUCAAGGCCAGAAAGUUGGAUUUGAUUCCAAUAAGCGAGCGUGCUUUGGUUAGCAACAUUAGCAUUUCUUCUAUGAUCAUUCUUGACUUUGGAGGGAUCUCUUUACAGUCCCUUUGCCAUCCUUCAGUAUUAUAUUUAUGUUUAUAAAACUAAAAGAAUUUUUGCAACCUAGAAGAAGCCUCUUUCUUUCAUCUCUUUGGAUACCUUUUUGCAAGUUUUCUAGGUAUUUAAUAGAGUUUUAGUUAUAUGGGUUGCUAGCAGUUGGGCCAUUAAUACUCAGUUGAAGUGAAAUGUUUGCCUUGGUCUCAUCAAUGGAGAAGCAUGUAAAAUAUGCGUCAUGUAAUAAUUCUGAAACUUCUCUUAAUAUUAAAAGGAGUCAAUAAGUAAAUAAGUUUUCACGGUAUGUACUUAACGAGGGAUCUUUUUCUGUUUUAUAUAUGAGCCACAAGGUCAGAACUACUCGGGUGCAUGUAAUGUACAAAGUAACCUUCAACAUUAUUACUCUCUUUUCCUUGCUAUCCUACUCCUCAAAUAGGUUAUCAUCAGUAUCGCUCUGUUCAUGAUUCCAUAACUAUAGUUCAUUAUUCUCCCCAGGAUCUUCAUGCAGAGGAACUUCCUUAUUGGGAGAAGGAUUAACUUCUGAUGCUUCAAGACAGAUUGCAUCAGCGUUACAGGAAACUUUGGCUAUAUUAAAAUGAAUGGCUUCUUGGAGGUUCUUGUUCUAUUCCUCGAUCUUAAUUGAAAAUUUUGUUUCCUCUUCGGAUGAUAUUAUUUAAAGCUUUUCAUUCUUGUGGGUUUGUAGUUGGUUGGAAUUACCCUCCGCAUUUUGUUAGGCUGCAAAUCUGGCUUUGGAUUAUUAAAAUUUCACUUCCUAUUUUCUAGCUUAAGGACAUUUGGUUUGCAGAGCUUGAAAAAAUAUAGUCGGAUUUUAAUUCAGUUUUGAAGAAGUUAUUCAAAGUCUUUA